CUCCGUCGCUCCCUUUGUGCGUGUGUGUGUAUUUGUGUGUGAGAGAGAGAGAGAAAGUGUUCUUCUGUCGCUGGCUCGUCUUGCGUGCAGGUGUGAGCUUGUCCCGGUUUCCAACUCGUCACUGUAAACCUCACGUCCUUCGAGGCCUCUCAGUUUGAGUUUGAGGCUGCGCGCUUGUCUUGGUUGCGCCUUCUCCGUGCUCCCAAUUUUCGCCAUCAAGUUAUCGGAGGUUUUUCUCAUGCAGUGCAGACGGAGGACAGAAGAGUGAGGGAGAAUGAGGGAGAGAGAUAGAUGAAUAUGAUCAGGUAGCGCGUCUGCAUGGAUGUCGACCGUCGUUACCGAAAAUGGCGUGGUGUAGAGUGCUCGGCAUUGCGACCUGGUUGUGCUGCAUCAUCCCUGCUGCAAUGUAGCCAUGGCGAUGUUGCUCUCGUGCAAGCCGUCAAAUGAGGAGCAGGUGGCUUGCUGGUGUUAUUGGAAUUCUAUUCAGAGAGAUAAUUGAAAUGAAGACUCUUCAGAUGACAAGUUAAAGCUCCUCGUCUACCGGGCGGGGCGUAGACCGUGAGCCGUUUGUGUGCUCACACCAGUGGAGUAACAAUGGCAGACACCGUCGGUAUCAUCUUAGAAUACUUGCACCGGCACCACUUCCUCAGGGCUGAGGCAGUUCUGAGGGAAGAGGUCAGCCUUCGGCAGCGGUCCAAUGGUCCAGCCCUUAUUCCAGUGAACGAUGACCUGGACCUUGAUUUAGCUGUAUACCUCAGGUCUACGCAAGAAAAAACAAAACAAAAGCAGACUGAAUUGGAAGCGGUGCCUAAUCAACCAGCGCAGGAUAAAUUGGUGACAGACGUAAAGCCUUCUCCAGCGUUGAGGCUAUCGGUCACGGAGGACCCCGGAGGUCAGGUGGAACCACUUCGACCAUCGACGAAGGUGGAGGUUUCCGAACCGUUGUUUGUUGAGUUUAAGGUGGAGGAGCUAGAAUGUCCCACAAAGCCACAGUCCGUGCUUGUUGUUGGGAACUCAGCAUCACAAGAUUCUCUCUCUUCCAUCUCCCAGGAGAAGAUGGUUGAGAGAAUGAGGUCUCCGGGUAGAAUAGGAGGUUUGAGUGCUCUUCAGACUGAGGCAGAGAUGGCGGUCUCUUCGUCUAUCGAGAAGGUAUUUUCUGAUCGAAAGAAGGCAGGAUCAAGCAAUGCGGGGUUAGAGAAAGCUUCAGGUUCUAAUAUUGGGGGAGCAUUUGUUCUAGCAAGCCAAGUGGAGAAGUUGCCACCUAAUCAGCAAAUAGAUUCCCCACAAGCACUGUUUGAGGCAACCCGAGGGAAAGUAGAUGCUCUGAAACAGAGGUGGGAGCCUAAGACUGCUGACAAGCCCGCUUUUGAACGAGAGAAAAGCUUUCGAGCUCUAGCGGCAAUGGCAAAAACAGUGGAAAGCCUAUCAGAUAAACGGACUGACAGCAAUGGGCGAGCCGCAGCUGCCCAAGUUUCUGCGGAUUUUCAUUCGGAAUCCACAAUUGAUGUGCAGUUGACGCCUAGGGAUAAGAAUAGUGAGAAUGUAGUGCCCCUCAUCAAUACAAAAGCAGACGUUACUGGCGCUGGGAAUACGGACUUCACCGUGCUUAAAAGUCCAGAGUGGGCAGAUGUUCCUAUUAAGAACAUUCCACCCAGUAAGACAAGCGCCUCGCUUACUGUGGAUUCGAAGAAGAUUUUCGAGGAGAGAGGGAAGGAAACUGUCUCUGUAAUCCCUUCUCGCUCACAUCAUGAGCGGGUUCAAAUGGGGCCAGAGCAGGAGUUUGUACUCCUAGCUUCUGAUAAACAAGACGGUGGUUCCCAGUAUGCCGAUGUUUUGCUGGAUGAGUUGAGGAAACGUACUAUAUUAGAGCAAUCAACAGUUGAAGAGACGAUCUCGGCAGUAGUAGAUCGGAAAUCAAAAUGUGUGGCCCCUAAAUCAGUUCAGGAAGAUCUUCCUAAACUUGCACCUGUUCGGUCGCGUUCAAUUGAUGCCAAGACUCCGGAAGCAGCACAGGAUGAAUAUGGUAAAGGAGCGAAGAAGAGUGUUGAAUCUUUGUUACCUGUCAAUAUUGCUAACACUGUGAACGCUAUUCCCUUUGGAUUGGGGUCGUAUCUUGAUGUUCGUGUAGGGCAGGACGCCUGCUCAUCAGCAGGAGAUGAACAGAGUGAAUCUGCAGUGGAAUGCGCGGAUGAAUACUGGAAUUCUGAUACGUACGAGGAUGAUGAUGAUCCCGGUUAUCAUAGGCAACCAAUCGAGGACGAGGAGUGGUUCCUUGCACAUGAGAUUGAUUAUCCAAGCGAUAAUGAGCGAGCUCGUCCUAACGAAGAAGCCGCACGUAGCUCUCGACGUGAGAAGGAUUAUGAGAAGUAUGAGAAGGAUGAGGAUGAAGAUUGUUCCAUCCUGGAAGAAGAGGUUGUCAAUGGCUCGCGCAUCCUUGACCCAGGACAGGUGAAUAGAAAACUGGUUGGUGUUUCUUUGAAGAGCAGUGAGAUAAGGUGGCAAAGUUUUGAUGCUUCCAAGGGAACUCAGUCAGUAGACGGAGGCAACAAGAAACCUGAUCAUGGAAGAGCUGUUCUAGACACUGACAUCUUUGAAGUGGAGGAUGACAGAGUGGGUUCAGUGCGGUUUGGUGGUGUAGGUGUGAGUAGUGAUGUUGCAGAAUUUGGUAGUGAAAGACGCGAUAGCGUGCGAGAUGGAAGCAGCGAAGGAGAUUUAGAUGUAGGAGAGAUCGUUGACCGCAGCAUGGGACAAACUAGUGUAUCAUCUCAGGUGGGGAGUAGCGGCGGAGGAAAAGCGCAUGAAUCUGAUAGUAGUCGGAAGCAGGACGAAGAGGAAGAAGACCUGAUUCUGAAAUACUACAACAAUCCAUGGGCAAGUCACAAACGCCGUGGAGUUGAGCGGGAAGUCACGACCGUGGAUAAUCUACAGAUAACGAACAGAGAACAUGAGAAAUUCAGUGUGGUUAAGGUUAGCAGCACUGAUGAUAGUGAAGGUCGUUGGCCCAAAGAGUCCGAGACAGCUGGUGCGACGGGGUUCGGUGGAUUUUCAUUUCCUUCCCCUUCCACCAGUGGAGGGGACAUUGGAGCCGUUUCUAGAGUAGACUCAGGGAAGUCGAUGUGGUCGGUAAGAGACAUCACUGGCCAGGAGUUUGGUGAAGAAGUGGAGUAUGAGAAUGGCGUGUCUGAGCCGGAUGAUCCCUUAGCUUCUUGGAGGCGCAAGAGCAACGGAUCCUCGCCCAUGCUGAGUCCCCGUAAUGAUGGCCAACGAGAUCUGUCCGUGCGGUCCACUCGAUCAGCGAGCUCAACGGCUGGGUAUGGCAGCGCAGUUGCGAAGGGUGACGAUACUGGAGAAGGUGAUGACGAAGUAGAGCUGGACGGAGAGGACGAAGAUACGUUAGAGGUGAAACUUAGAGAUGCUGAGGCUGUAGCAGCCGAGGACGAAGAAGACGCAGCAGUACAAGAGCAUACUCGAAGAAUACGAGCAGAAGAAGAAGAGUUUGAGACAUUCGAUUUGAAGAUCAUUCAUCGAAAGAACAGGACUGGGUUUGAGGAAGACAAAGACUUUCCAGUUGUAAUUAAUGCAGUUGUUGCUGGUCGCUAUCAUGUGACGGAGUAUCUGGGUUCUGCUGCCUUCAGCAAAGCCAUUCAGGCUCACGACCUGCAUACCGGAAUGGAUGUGUGUAUGAAGAUCAUCAAGAAUAACAAAGACUUCUUUGACCAGAGUCUAGAUGAAAUCAAGCUUCUCAAGUACAUUAAUAAGCACGACCCGGGUGAUAAACACCAUCUGUUGCGACUGUACGAUUACUUUUACCACAAGGAGCAUUUGUUCAUAGUUUGUGAGUUACUUCGAGCUAAUUUGUACGAGUUCCACAAAUACAACAGAGAAUCAGGUGGUGAGGUGUACUUUACGAUGCCCCGUCUUCAGUCAAUUGCACGGCAGUGUCUAGAAUCCCUGGAGUUCAUUCAUGGUUUAGGGCUAAUUCACUGCGAUUUGAAACCGGAAAAUAUCCUGGUGAAAAGUUACAGUCGGUGUGAGAUCAAAGUGAUUGAUUUUGGGAGCAGUUGUUUCCAGACCGAUCACCUAUUUUCUUAUGUGCAAUCUCGCUCAUAUCGAGCCCCUGAAGUUAUUGUUGGCCUUCCUUAUGAUCAGAAGAUUGACAUGUGGUCGCUCGGAUGUAUUCUUGCAGAACUCUGCUCAGGGAAUGUACUUUUCCAAAACGAUUCCCUGGCAACAUUAUUGGCUAGGGUGGUUGGAAUUUUGGGUCCUAUAGACCCGGAGCUUUUAACCAAAGGGCGUGACACUCACAAGUUUUUUACCAAGAAUCAUAUGCUUUAUGAACGGAAUCAGGAUUCUGACCAACUCGAGUACCUGCUACCAAAGAAGACAUCUCUGGCCCAUCGUCUACCGAUGGGCGACAAGGGUUUUGUGGAGUUCGUUGAACACCUUCUCAACAUCAACCCUCUUCUGCGUCCAACUGCCAGUGAGGCUUUGAAACAUCCUUGGUUGUCAUACCUAUACGAACCAAUCUCUUCUUAAGGGUAGCCAAUCUGAUUCUUUAUCUGUUCACUUCGAGAAAUUCUCCAACAAACGUAGUUACUUACUUUCUCUUGUAGCAUAUCAUCUGAAGGACUAUCCUUGGAAUUUACUGGCGAUAAUGUUUGAUAUCCAAGGACCGUAAAAUUGGUGGACCUCUCUAUUGAUCUAUGUCCGGGUGGCGAUUGUUACUCAGUUCAAGGUCAAGGCUUGGUCUGCAGCAGUUUCACUGAGGUUCAAAGAAUCUCAUUUUCCCCCACAAGCUUAUUAUCCUCUCUGGAUUAGGUGGGACCGACUUGCGGACAACUAGGUUGGACAUGUAGAAGCACCAUUUACAUGCUGGCGAUGGAGUGCUCAAGCUGCUCUAGAUUCCUGGAAACUCAGACUCGAAGCAUGGGUAUCGCACUGUCAAUGUACAGCUAAGCAGAAGUACUUCGUCCCAAGCUUCUACUGAUUCAUCAAACAGGUCUUUUGCCGUAGGCAAGAGUGGCCUGUUGACAAGUCCCGAUCAUGUACUUUACCAUAUGACUCUUUUUCUCUUGAAAUGAGGUAGUUUUCUCUGUGCAAUACCUUAGCUUCAGAGCUUAAACACCGAAAUUCAACAUUACGACUUGCUACUUCACGCAUAUGUGACUACCUACUUAGGGGACUAGUCUUAUACAGGGUCCAUUUGUGGCUUCAAAAAGUUGAUCUGGCAUUAGCAUUGUGUCAUGUUUUUAUCACCAGUUCUUUUGCCCAUAUUUUAGAAUUCCUUGCAAAUAAUUACUUCUCAUUUUGCAUGAUACA